GUACUUCCGUGGUUAACUAAAAAGUAUUUGCGCGUUUGUCCGUGUGUACGCGCUUUCGUUGACGUUUGUUGAGCCACUGUUAGCCAUCGCUCGCAUCGUUGCCCAAGUAUUGACGAGUGUUUACGCAUGUCCGAUCGUGUGAAAGUUUAGCGUACUAAUCAAACGGAUGGCUCGCUGCAACUUGAAUAAUGGCGCAUUAGAAUUGCGCUCAUGUUAGAUACUGAGAUAUUGUGACACAUAAAUAUGGAAUUUGCAUAGGUGCUAAAAUGAUAGGCAAGCAGAGUCAUUCGGAUGAUGACAGCGAGGACAGUCGGUCAAGAAAAAAGCUGAUAGCCGACAAACGGAAAUUCUUGGAACAAAGAUCCGCACAGAUUGAGGCAGGGAUCAAAGGCUGUUUCGAAGAGUUAGCGAAAGCCCUGCGGUCUCGAGAGAAACAACUGCUGCGUCAAGCCGAAGCUAUCCACAGGCAGCAACUAUCGCUGGUGGAGACCUCUCCAGAUUUCCUGCCGUCGUCGAUAGUGGUUCUGGACGAUAGAACCGAGCUGGAGGAACAAAUACGCCGCUUCGGCAACAUCGAGACACACGGAUCAAACAGCAUCACGGUGAAAGAUGUAGAACCGUACAAGGUUGUGGAUUAUCAAAAUGCAAACGAAGAUCACGUCAGUUUCGACAAAUCAAUUACGCGCGAUCAAGGAAGCAAGGAUCAUCCUCCUCCGUGCCUCCUUCCACGCUGCAAAGACUUGAUAUCCGAUUACAGAACUCUGCGUGUCUCAAGCUUACCGCCCACUUUUCCCGCCGAGGAUCGCUCGACAGACUCGUGGAACGUGAGAGAGGAUGCGCUGGUGAGUCUCAAAGACACCUUGUCCAUGUCGAGAUGUUCGCCGCUUCUCGUCAUAAAACGGAAACUCGGUCUAACGCACGUAUCGUUGGACGGGUUGCAUGCCUUCGACAAGGUGUAUCCACGAGACACGUACAAGAUGUCUCGUAAGACCACCGAGUCCUGCGUGCUGGAUGCGUUGAAUAACGAAGCGACGGAAACGAAUUUGCGUCAACUCGGCAGCCAGGCAGUCUCGGGUCAGGACGGUUCCGAACCGAUCGCAUAUCCGAAAGAACGAGAGAAAAGUUACGAGCAUCCGAUACAGGUGCAGCACUGGUUACGACAGAUCCUCGCAGAGACCGAGGUAGAGCCUGCGAUUCAUGAAAUCGGCCAGUUCUCCGAGAUAUCCAAGGCCAAGCUUUGUAACGAGUUAUAGUCCUACUUUUCGUCGAUUCGGUGUUUCGAUUGGGGCCAAAGUUUCCAGAGCGAUGGAAAGCAAACUGAAAAGGCUGAUCUACCUUAGAAUUGCACGCAUUGCCAGAUACUCUUAAUUUAUAUGAUAUUAUAAAUUAUCGUCAAGUGAUUCGGGAAGACGUCUUUACGUUAUGGUUUUUCUGUGAUUGAAAGAAACUGCGAGAGAGGACGCGUUGAACCGCCGCUUGAACAAUAAACGGGAAGAAAAGGAAAGAACGAGAAAAAGUUUAUUGUGUACAAAGAUGUAGUAGCACCUCCGCGACGAACGUUCAUUGUGGUAUUCCUUAUUCGUACAACAAACAUUUUAUCGUUCUAUCGAACAAAUCGGCUCUAUAGUGCCCUUUCGAGAAAUAUUGCUUCAAAUUCCGAAUUAUUAUACAAUUUAUAAGACUGUUUAUUCUACUGAAAAAGGAAAUCGCGUAUUUAUUGUAUCGUGUAUAAGUUGUCAGUUUAUAUGCAGCUAUGUUAUUAACAGUGUGUUUGUGGAUGUGAAUAUCAACAGCGAAUGAAUAAUAUAUAUAUAAUAAGCAAUGUCUUUUUUCAAGAAUAAAAUGCAUGAUUGUAUGUUAUUAUAUAAGUAACUAAACCAUUUAAUCGUCAUCGCAAUUAUAAAUUUUAACUUUUAAAUUAUAAAUUUUUUCUCCUUACGUAACUAGAUUGUGCGUAUGCGUAGUUGUCGAUUUCGUAACCAAUGAUAUCCUCAAGUGUGUUUGGUUUCGAGGAUAUAAUAAAGAUCAAUAAUCACAUUCACAUUCAACAGGAACAACAGAAGAUUAUUUCACAUCUUAUCGCUGCUUAUGUGUUGAACAGUAUGCUGAAGUGUGUUUUAAUAUCAUCUUUAAUAUUACUUUAAUAUUAGAGGAAAUAUGGUGUUUAAUAAAUGAAUACUGUUUGUAAAAUCGC